AUGUGGCACAAGGGAAACAAAACAACCCAAACUCCUGCUUUCUUUGUCAACGAAUCUGUCAACAGUGAAAUUUUGAGGACGGCAUUGCGCGAACUUGCAAACGAGCCUCUUCAAGUAGAAGGGGCAAGCUCCCCAGCAAGAAAGCCUUUGCCAAUGGCUACUUGCAAGAGAACACUUAAACUUUCAUUGUUGGACACGUCCCUUUGGCCCGACGGUGCAGCCAAGUCGGCAAAGGCCAUUGGCGAGAAGCUGAACGGUGCUUCUCGGCUUAUUCAACUGAGCAACAACGUUGGCAAGCCUGUGCUACUGCUCCCGACUUGCUUUGGAGUGUAUGCCUUGGGCAGGGUUACAGUAACUGGUGUAUUCAAGGAGCGUAUUCUUUUUGAGCACGUACAAGACUGGUUGUCAAUCAGCAUAUUAAAGUGCUCCAUCACAUCGAUAGAUGCAUUAGAAGAAGCUGCAGAGGUACCCGACCGCGUGCAAUCGAGGCUGCAGACUUUUAAUGCUGCUUCUGCUUAA